UCCAGGAAAGCAUUCAAAUGGACUUGAGCUUGAUCAUCAUCCUCUGCAGAGCUGCAGCAGCAGCGUCUCUGUCUGUGGAAACUCCGGGAGAGCACUCAGUUGUCCUGCUGGUGGCGCGCUGUCUGCGGAGUUAAAUGUUUAACAUCUGCCGGACGGUACUCCUGUUUUCUGUGGCUGAAAACGCUCUGAAAUUAAAGAAUGGACACCGUAGCAGAGGACGAACCGGACCCUAUAAAGCUUAAAUCCAUUAAGAAUAAUAAAACAUUCACAGUGCCUCAAAACGACAGGUUUGGGAGCUGCAGAAGUGUCAGAGAGUUUGAGAAACUCAACCGCAUAGGAGAAGGAACCUACGGCAUUGUUUAUCGAGCUCGUGACACCAAGUCUGAUGAAAUUGUUGCACUGAAGAAGGUCCGGAUGGACAAAGAGAAAGAUGGGAUCCCUAUCAGCAGCCUCAGAGAGAUCACCCUGCUGCUGAGGCUGAGACAUCCCAACAUAGUGGAGCUGAAGGAGGUGGUCGUGGGCACCCAGCUGGAGAGUCUGUUUCUAGUGAUGAGUUACUGUGAACAGGACUUGGCCAGUCUGCUGGAAAACAUGCAGACACCGUUCUCUGAGGCUCAGGUGAAGUGUAUCAUCCUUCAGUUGCUCAGAGGUUUAGAGUAUCUCCAUCACAACUUCAUCAUACACAGGGACCUGAAGGUGUCUAAUCUGCUGAUGACAGACAAAGGCUGCGUAAAGAUCGCUGAUUUUGGGUUGGCCCGGAUGUAUGGCAUCCCGCAACAGCCCAUGACGCCCAGAGUGGUGACGCUAUGGUACAGAGCUCCAGAGCUCCUCCUAGGGUCCAAGACCCAGACUACAGCACUGGAUAUGUGGGCGGUGGGCUGUAUCCUGGCAGAGCUGCUGGCCCACAAACCUCUGCUGCCUGGAACCUCUGAGAUCCAGCAGGUGGACCUGAUAGUCCAGCUGCUGGGAACGCCCAACGAGAACAUCUGGCCGGGUUUCUCUCGGCUGCCCCUCAUUGGUCAGUACAGUCUGAGGAAGCAGCCGUACAACAACCUGAAGAAUAAAUUCACCUGGCUGUCUGAUGCUGGACACAGACUGCUCAACCUGCUCUUCAUGUACAACCCACAGCGCAGAGCUACCGCCAAAGACAGUUUGGAGAGUUCCUACUUUAAAGAGAAACCUCUGCCCUGUGAACCGGAGCUGAUGCCAACCUUCCCCCACCAUCGCAACAAACGGGCCGCUCCUCCACUAGAGAGCCACUCGAAACGGAGCAAAGUGUGACGAAGAUGCUGAUGAGAGACAUUUGAGUGGAAUUGACAUUCUCAGUAAUGUACGCUCAAAUCUUUCUGCUCACACUGCAUACAUUGGCAACAUGGAUCUGCUCAUGAGGAGGUUUUACUGUGGAGGUUUGAGAUCAAAGAGACUCUGGAACAUGUCAACACCCUGCUGUACUCAAGUGUGACCCUGCUCAAAACAUGGUCAUUUAAAAAGGUUGUUAUCGCGCAUUAAGCAGUGUAGAAACAUUUGUUUUUAUCAUUGUGUACCACUCAUAGUUUCCAGAAGUUUCUCCACUAUUUCUUAAUGUUCAUAUUGCUGCCAAGGUCUGUAGACUAGAGUCUGUAGCCAUGCUAGCAGCUCUGAGGCUGUACAUAAGCAGUGUUGCUUUGUGCUAAAUGCUAGCAUGCUCUCAAUGACACUGCAAACAUGCUAAUAUUUAGCAGGUAUAAUGUUCACCAUCUUAGUUUUACUUGUUAGCAUGCUAACAUUUGCUCAUUAGCACCGAACA